AUGGAUGAGAAGGACAUGACAAGUGUCUACAAUGAUCUGAAGGGAGUAAAUUCUAAUGGUGGAGAAGAAUUGUUUGGAGUGGUAAAAGCUGGAAGCAAUAGUACAAAGCCAAACUUUGCUUUUGGAAACAUCCUCUCCUGUAAGGUAGUAUGUGAUGAAAAUGGGUCCAAGGGCUAUGGAUUUGUACAUUUUGAGACCCAGGAAGCAGCAGAAAUAGCUAUUGAAAAAAUAAACAGUAUGCUGCUUAAUGACCACAAAGUAUUUGUUGGAAGGUUUAAAUCCCAUAAAGAACGAGAAGCAGAACUUGGAGCUAAAGCAAAGGAGUUCACCAUCAUAAUCAUAAUCAAGAAUUUUGGAGAAGACAUGGAUGAUGAAAGACUUAAGGAACUCUUUGGCAAGUUUGGCCCUUCCUUAAGUGUCAAAGUUAUGACCGAUGAGAGUGGAAAAACCAAAGGCUUUGGCUUUGUUAGUUUUGAAAGACGUGAAGAUGCUCAGAAAGCUGUGGAUGAGAUGAAUGGAAAGGAGCUCAAUGGAAAGCAAAUUUAUGUUGGCCGGGCUCAGAAAAAAGUGGAAAGACAAACGGAGCUCAAGCGCAAAUUUGAACAAAUGAAGCAGGAUAGGAUCACCAGAUACCAGGGUGUAAACCUUUACGUGAAAAAUCUUGAUGAUGGGAUUGAUGAUGAGCGUUUACGAAAAGAAUUCUCCCCAUUUGGUACAAUCACUAGUGCAAAGGUCAUGAUGGAAGGCGGCCGCAGUAAAGGAUUUGGGUUUGUAUGCUUUUCUUCACCAGAAGAAGCAACCAAAGCUGUCACAGAAAUGAAUGGUAGAAUUGUGGCCACUAAACCAUUAUAUGUAGCUCUAGCCCAACGCAAAGAAGAGCGCCAGGCUCACCUCACCAACCAAUAAAUGCAGAGAAUGGCAAGUGUGAGAGCAGUACCUAAUCCUGUAAUCAACCCCUACCAACCAGCACCUCCUUCAGGUUACUUCAUGGCUGCUCUCCCACCGACUCAGAACCGUGCUGCAUAUUAUCCAACUAGCCAACUUGCUCAACUCAGACCAAGUCCUCGCUGGACUGCUCAGGGUGCUAGACCUCAUCCAUUCCAGAACAUGCCUGGUGCUAUCCACCCAGCAGCUCCCAGACCACCAUUUAUUACUAUGAGACCAGCUUCUUCACAGGUUCCACGAGUCAUGUCAACACAACGUGUUGCUAAUACAUCAACACAGACAAUGGGUCCCCGUCCUGCAGCAGCUCCUGCUGCGGCCACUCCUGCUGUACGCACAGUUCCACAGUACAAAUAUGCUGCAGGUGUUCGUAAUCCUCAGCAACAUCUUAACACACAACCACAGGUUGCUAUGCAGCAGCCAGCUGUCCAUGUGCAAGGUCAGGAACCCUUGACUGCUUCCAUGUUGGCUUCUGCCCCUUCACAAAAACAAAAGCAGAUGUUAGGUGAACGGCUGUUUCCCCUUAUUCAAGCUAUGCACCCUACUCAGGCAGGUAAAAUCACCGGUAUGUUGUUGGAGAUUGACAACUCUGAACUCCUUCAUAUGCUUGAGUCUCCUGAGUCUCUUCGUUCGAAGGUUGAUGAAGCUGUAGCUGUACUACAAGCCCACCAAGCUAAAGAGGCUGCUUAGAAAGCAGUUAACAAUCCCACUGGGGUUCCAAGUGUUUAAUAUAAAGAUCCGGGACUUCAAACUAGAACUUCGCUUCACCGAAGAAAAAAAAUCUAAACAUGGAAAAAUGAUUAAAUAUUGAGAAAAACAUUGCAAAAUAUAAAAUAAAUAUAAAAAGGAAAGGAAACUUUGAAGCUUAUGUACAGAGCAAAUGCCAGGGCUAGCAAAACUAAUGCUGGUCCUAGAUUUACCUAUUGAUUUAAAACAAA